CGUGGCGUCAGAGUCAACCUAAGAGCUCCUCUGUGUUCUUGGAUGUUUAGACGUUGGCCUGCGGAAGAUGCACUUUAUUUGUGUAAGGCAGGAAAUUACUAUGCAGGUGACAAAUUUGCAUCAGGUUUCCUCUGAUUUGUCCUGAAAUACAUGUGAGAACAAUGUGCACUGCCAAGAAAUGUGGAAUUAGAUUCCAGCCUCCAGCUAUUAUUUUAAUUUAUGAGAAUGAAAUCAAGGGAAAGAAUCGCCAGCGCAUCAUGCCAGUCCGAAACUUUUCCAAGUUCUCAGAUUGCACCAGAGCUGCUGAGCAAUUGAAGAAUAAUCCACGCCACAAGAGUUACCUGGAGCAGGUAUCCCCAAAGCAGCUAGAGAAGUUGUUUGCUCUUUUACGAGGUCACUUGUGUGGACAGAGUCUAGCAGCAACAAUGGAGCAAAUUCAGCAGGAGACAACCAUCAAUCCUGAAGAAGACAUGAACAAAUUAGACGACAAGGAGCUUGCCAAGAGGAAGAGCAUCAUGGAUGAACUCUUUGAGAAAAAUCAGAAGAAGAAGGAUGAUCCAGAUUUUGUUUAUGACAUCGAGGUUGAGUUUGUACAGGAUGAACUGCAGUCCUGCGGCUGGGACACAGAGUCAGCUGAUGAGUUCUGAUGCCACACACAGCUUCCUGGGCCAGCAGAAUGUCCAUGUUUUUACAAACAAAAUAGACUGAAUCUAGAAAAAUGCAUAAAGAACCCUAAAUGUAUAGGUUGGAUCUUAAAACCAAGACAUUUAUACCUACUAUGUAGGUGCAUAAAAAAUACAGGAAUAACAGUAUAGGAAUCUACCAGCCAGGAGUUUGCAGACUGAUGGAAGAUAAUGCAGAAAACUUGUGCAAAGCUAAUUAGUACUUCUAAGCAGCAAAAAAGACUAGAGAAAGAUGCUUGAUAAAAGCCAAAGAUGAUCAGAGCUUAGGUUCCUAUAGAGUAAAAUAGGGAAGUCUUCUUUUUAAGUGCAAGAUGGGGUGGGGUUUUGCUUGGCCCUGCAAUGGUAGUAUUUAGCAAAAAGCUUGGGUAGGAUUCCACAUGGGAGCAAUUAGAAAAAGAGGAAAAAUGGUAAAAUGACAAAAAAUAGAAAUUCUUUUUGGUGAACAGUGGGUAAAUUAUAGUUUGACGGAGAGUUAUCCUGUGUAUAUGUCUUUAUUUGUAUUUAACACUUUUAUGUGUGUUUAACACUGGUGUGGAAGAGACUCCUGCGAUGCGCCCUGCAUCUACCAGUAGAUACUCGUGAACAGCAGGGGAGUAUCACCCCUUGGCAUCAGGCAGUGCACACUAGCGACGUUCCGAAGCCUGGGACCUCUUCCCGUAGAUGAGAGGUUAGUUUCACUGCCAAAUGGGAAAUCCACCCGUAGUUCAUCCACAAUAGUACAGCCAGUUUAUGCAUGAAAUUUGGAGGUACAAAGAGAGAAUCUGGGCUGGGGCUGUAGCUCAGCAGCACAGCACUUGCCUGGCAAGUGCAAGGUCCUGAGUUCAAUUCCUAGUACCAAAAAUAAGAGAGCGAGAAAGGAUCUCUGUUUAAGCUAUUUGUGCACAGAUACAUUUGUCCUUACUACCAUGUUAUGUCAUUGGAAGAAAUCCUAUGUUUUCUACAAGGAAAUUAACAUUCAUUAAAUAAAA